CGGGGAGGGGAAAGUGGGGGCGAUUAAAAAAAAGAAAAGAAAGAAGGAAAAACUCUUUGCAAGCUCAGGAAGAUGGCGCCACACGGUCGGCUGCUGGUGUGAGAGCCACCAGGGACAGCGAGCAGCACCGGGAGCCGGGGAUUGACCUGGAGAGAGGGGCCGGAUCCCUGGAACUAGGGCUGAGCUUCCAGACGCGCCUCGGGGCUUGUCUGCUGCGCCGGCGGGGUCAUGUCGGUCUGCGAGCUCUACAGCCAGUUCACAAGGGUUUGGAUCCCUGAUCCUGAUGAAGUAUGGCGAUCAGCAGAGAUAGUAAAGGACUACAAGGAGGGUGAGAAGAUUCUCCAUCUUAAACUUGAAGAUGAAACUAUCCGAGAAUACCCAGUUGAUCUCAGUACCAACCAGCUCCCCUUCUUACGAAACCCAGAUAUCCUGGUGGGAGAAAAUGACCUAACAGCUCUUAGUUAUCUUCAUGAACCUGCAGUUUUGCAUAAUUUAAAAGUCCGUUUCUUGGAGUCAAACCAUAUCUACACCUACUGUGGUAUUGUGCUUGUUGCCAUCAACCCCUAUGAGCAGUUGCCAAUCUAUGGACAAGAUGUCAUCUAUGCCUACAGUGGCCAAAACAUGGGGGACAUAGAUCCCCACAUCUUCGCAGUGGCAGAAGAGGCCUACAAGCAGAUGGCCAGAGAUGAAAAGAACCAGUCCAUCAUAGUAAGUGGGGAGUCAGGAGCUGGAAAGACAGUGUCAGCUAAAUAUGCCAUGCGAUAUUUUGCCACAGUUGGAGGCUCUUCCAGUGAAACCAACAUUGAAGAAAAAGUCCUUGCAUCCAGCCCCAUCAUGGAGUCCAUUGGAAAUGCUAAAACCACUCGAAAUGACAACAGUAGUCGCUUUGGAAAAUACAUCCAGAUUGGAUUUGAUAAGAGACACCACAUCAUUGGGGCCAACAUGAGGACCUACCUACUGGAAAAGUCCAGAGUUGUCUUUCAGGCAGAUGAAGAAAGGAAUUACCAUAUCUUCUAUCAGCUCUGUGCCUCAGCCAGCCUUCCAGAGUUUAAAGAGCUUGCACUCACAUGUGCCGAGGACUUUUUCUAUGUUUCUCAAGGAAGAGACACAUCUAUUGAAGGUGUGGAUGAUGCAGAAGAUUUUGAGAAAACCAGACAGGCCUUCACUCUUCUUGGAGUGAGAGAAUCCCAUCAGAUGAAUAUUUUUAAGAUAGUUGCUUCUAUCCUGCACCUUGGAAAUGUGGAGAUUGAAGCUGAACGUGAUGGAGAGUCCUGUAGCAUAUCACCCCAGGAUGAACACCUCAGGAAUUUUUGUAGCUUGCUGGGGGUCGAGCACAGUCAGAUGCAGCAUUGGCUGUGCCACCGAAAACUGGUCACCACCUCUGAGACCUACGUCAAGACCAUGUCCCUGCAGCAGGUGGUCAAUGCCAGGAAUGCCCUGGCUAAACACAUCUAUGCCCAGAUGUUCAACUGGAUCGUUGGGCAUGUCAAUAAGGCUCUACACACCUCUGCCAAGCAACACUCCUUCAUUGGCGUCCUUGACAUCUACGGAUUUGAAACUUUUGAGGUGAACAGCUUUGAACAGUUUUGUAUCAACUAUGCAAAUGAAAAACUCCAGCAGCAAUUCAAUUGGCAUGUCUUUAAACUGGAGCAAGAAGAAUACAUGAAGGAGCAAAUUCCAUGGACCCUGAUUGAUUUUUAUGAUAACCAACCUUGCAUUGACCUGAUAGAAGCUAAACUGGGCAUCUUGGACCUGUUGGAUGAAGAAUGCAAGGUUCCCAAAGGCACUGACCAGAAUUGGGCUCAGAAACUGUAUGACCGGCAUUCCAGCAGCCAGCACUUUCAGAAACCCAGAAUGUCCAAUACCUCCUUCAUUGUCCUUCAUUUUGCAGAUAAGGUGGAGUACAACUCAGAUGGAUUUCUGGAGAAAAAUAGAGACACUGUGCAUGAAGAACAAAUCAACAUUCUGAAGGCCAGCAAGUUUCCACUGGUGGCUGAGUUAUUCCAAGAUGAUAAGGACACAGCACCUGCUCCUUCUUCAUCCGGGAAGGGGGCAUCUUCAAAAAUCAGUGUCCGCUCUGCUAGACCUCCCAUGAAGGCUGCCAACAAGGAACACAAGAAAACUGUGGGGCAUCAGUUCCGCACCUCCCUGAACCUGCUCAUGGAGACGCUGAAUGCCACAACACCUCACUAUGUCCGCUGUAUCAAGCCAAAUGAUGAGAAGCUUCCCUUCCACUUUGAUCCAAAAAGAGCAGUCCAGCAGCUCAGAGCCUGUGGGGUACUGGAGACCAUCCGUAUCAGUGCAGCUGGUUAUCCAUCCAGGUGGACUUAUCAUGACUUCUUCAACAGAUACAGAGUGCUCAUUAAAAAGAGGGAGCUCUCCAAUACUGACAAAAAAGCCAUCUGUAAAAACGUCCUGGAGAACCUCAUCAAGGACCCUGACGCAUUCCAGUUUGGCCGCACCAAAAUCUUUUUCCGGGCAGGCCAGGUAGCAUACCUGGAAAAACUACGGGCGGACAAAGUCCGGGCAGCCACUAUCAUGAUCCAAAAGACUGUGCGGGGCUGGCUACAGAAAGUGAAGUAUCGUAGACUGCGAGGGGCCACUCUGACUCUGCAGAGGUACACCCGGGGCUACCUUGCACGCAGGCUGGCUGAGCACCUGCGGAAAACCAAGGCAGCCAUUGUCCUCCAGAAACAGUAUCGGAUGCAGAAGGUCCGGCAAGCCUAUAGAAAGAUCUAUAGGGCUACUGUCACUAUCCAGGCCUUUACCCGAGGCAUGUUUGUGCGGAAAUUCUACCGCCAGAUCCUACUGGAACAUAAGACCACCAGGAUCCAGAAACAUGUGCGGGGCUGGAUGGCCAGGAGGAGAUUUUUGCAGUUUCGGAGGGCGGCCAUUGUCAUCCAGUGUGCCUUCAGGCGCCUGAAGGCCAGGAGGGAGUUGAAGGCUCUCAAGAUCGAAGCUCGCUCUGCUGAGCACCUGAAGCGGUUGAACGUGGGCAUGGAGAACAAAGUGGUUCAGCUGCAGAGGAAGAUUGACGAUCAGAACAAAGAAUUCAGGAGCCUGGCUGAGCAGCUGUCCACGGUGACCUCUGCCCACAACAUGGAGGUGGAGAAGCUGAAGAAAGAGCUGACAAGAUACCAGCAGAGCCAGGGUGGGGACGACAGCCAGCGGCUGAGCCUCCAGGAGGAGAUCGAGAGCCUCCGGGCACAGUUGCAGAAAGCCCAUUCAGAGAGGAAGAUCCUCGAAGACAUCCACACACAGGAGAAAGAUGAGCUGACAAAGCGAGUAUUGGACCUGGAGCAAGAGAAUGCGCUUUUGAAAGAUGAAAAAGAAAUGCUUAACAACCAAAUCUCGUGCCAGUCUAAAGAUGAAUUUGCCCAAAAUUCAGUAAAGGAGAAUCUCCUAAUGAAGAAGGAGCUGGAGGAGGAACGUUCACGAUACCAAAACCUUGUGAAGGAGUAUUCCCGACUGGAGCAAAGUUAUGACAGCCUUCGGGAUGAAAUGACCAUCAUAAGGCAAACUCCAGGUCAUAGGCGAAACCCUUCAAACCAGAGUAGUUUAGAAUCUGACUCGAAUUACCCGUCAGUGUCCACAUCUGAGAUCGGAGAUACUGAAGAUGCAAUCCAGCAGGUGGAGGAAAUGGGCCUGGAGAAGGCAGCUAUGGACAUGUCUGUCUUCUUGAAGCUGCAGAAGAGAGUUCGGGAGCUGGAGCAGGAAAGGAAGAAAUUGCAAACUCAGCUGGAAAAGGAGCAGCAGGAAAACAAGAAAGCCCAGGUGGUUGAAACAAAGAGCGAAACAGAUAGAGACCAAGAUGCAGAUCUGGCCUACAAUAGCCUGAAGAGACAAGAGCUGGAGUCGGAGAACAAAAAGCUGAAAAAUGAUCUGAACGAGCUGAGAAAGGCAGUGGCUGACCAGGCCACACAGAACAACUCGACUCUUGAGGUCCAAGACAGCUACGCCCUCCUGCUGAACCAGCUCAAGUCAGCCAAUGAGGAGCUGGAGGUGCGCAAGGAGGAAGUGCUCAUCCUCAGGACCCAAAUUGUGAGCGCUGACCAGCGGAAGCAUGCCGGCAGAAGUGUGGAGCCAAACAUUAAUGCCCGGACCAGUUGGCCCAACAGUGAAAAGCAUGUGGACCAGGAAGAUGCCAUUGAAGCCUAUCAUGGCGUCUGCCAGACCAAUAGGUUGCUGGAAGCCCAGCUCCAGGCCCAGAGCCGAGAGCAUGAGGAGGAGAUGGAAUCUCUGAGGAGCCAGAUUGAGACCUUGAAGGAGGAGAUGGACAAGCAGCAGCAGACCUUCUGCCAGACACUCCUGCUGUCUCCCGAGGCCCAGGUGGAGUUUGGAGUCCAACAAGAAAUAUCCCGGCUGACCAAUGAAAACCUGGACCUCAAAGAAUUGGUAGAAAAGCUGGAAAAGAAUGAAAAGAAACUGAAAAAGCAAUUGAAGAUUUAUAUGAAGAAAGUCCAGGAUCUAGAAGCUGCCCAAGCAUUAGCACAGAGUGAGAGAAAGCAGCAUGAGCUUACCAGACAGGUCACAGUCCAAAGGAAAGAGAAGGAUUUCCAAGGGAUGCUGGAGUACCACAAAGAAGAUGAACCCCUUCUCAUUCGGAAUCUGGUGACAGAUCUGAAACCCCAGACUCUGUCAGGCACGGUUCCAUGUCUUCCUGCUUACAUCCUCUACAUGUGUAUCAGACACGCAGAUUAUGUCAACGAUGACCUUAAAGUGCAUUCCCUGCUCACCUCAACCAUCAAUGGUAUCAAAAAAGUACUAAAGAAGCACAAUGAUGACUUCGAGAUGACAUCCUUUUGGUUAUCUAAUACAUGCCGCCUUCUUCAUUGCCUGAAGCAAUACAGUGGGGAUGAGGGCUUCAUGACCCAGAACACCCCCAAACAGAAUGAACACUGUCUUAAGAAUUUUGACCUCACUGAAUACCGCCAAGUCCUAAGUGAUCUCUCCAUCCAGAUUUACCAGCAGCUCAUUAAGAUAGCAGAAGGCAUGUUGCAACCAAUGAUAGUGUCUGCCAUGUUGGAAAAUGAAAGCAUUCAGGGUUUGUCAGGAGUGAAACCAACAGGCUACAGGAAGCGGUCUUCCAGCAUGGUGGACGGGGACAAUUCCUAUAGCCUGGAUGCCAUCAUACGCCAGAUGAAUUCCUUUCACAGUGUGAUGUGUGACCAGGGCCUGGAUCCUGAGAUCAUCCAGCAGGUGUUUAAGCAGCUCUUCUAUAUGAUCAAUGCUGUGGCUCUUAACAACCUCCUCCUGAGGAAGGAUGUCUGUUCUUGGAGCACAGGCAUGCAACUCCGGUAUAAUAUAAGCCAGCUUGAGGAGUGGCUUCGAGGGAAGAAUCUCCACCAGAGCGGAGCAGCAGAGACGAUGGAACCUUUGAUCCAUGCAGCACAGCUCCUGCAGUUAAAAAAGAAAACUCCUGAAGAUGCUGAGGCCAUUUGCACCUUAUGCACGUCACUCAGUACACAGCAGAUUGUCAAAAUCCUCAAUCUUUACACUCCCUUGAAUGAAUUUGAGGAGCGAGUAACAGUAGCCUUCAUACGAACAAUUCAGGCACAACUACAAGAUCGAAAUGACCCUCAGCAGCUGCUCUUAGACUUCAAGCACAUGUUCCCCGUCUUGUUUCCAUUUAACCCAUCUUCCCUGACCAUGGACUCAAUUCACAUCCCUGCGGCUCUCAACCUGGAAUUCCUCAACGAAGUGUGAAGACAGAUGUUCGCUGUCUUGGCUCCAGUGCCAGUGAGUUCAAGCAAAAAGAAAACAACGACAUAAAUUGAAGGACAAAUUCAGUGUGGUAAAAGUGGACCAAGUCAGAGCCUAAGAACCUGUGCAAAGUGCUGAACUGUCUAGUAUCAGGCACAUAUCUUCAAUGUGAUUAUUUUCUUUUGUAUUCUACAGCUCAAAAUAAGAAUACUUGAAAUACAGUUGUUUUUUUUAAUAGUUUGGUUUCAGACUACACAAGUGCACAGUCCAUAGCAGUUUAAGCAGUGACUUCCCCAGUGCCAUAAUCAAUGUACCAAUCUUGUCAAGCAGACAUUGGCCACCUUUUAAAUCUUCAUUCCAUGGCUAUUUAAUGCUUAAAAAUUGGACGUUUAAACUGCCUUCAGGGAGCUUCUAACAAAUGCUGAUACUGAUCAUUUGGGGGUUGAUACAUGUUCCCCUUUCCACUGUUUUAGGAAGCAGGGGAAAUGAUGUUGUGGUUUUGUGGUGGGUUGUCUGGUGACCGGGAUGAGUGCCCAUUUUUCCCACUACAGAGGCAGUGCCAAUAAUGUUGGCCUCCUCAUUCUUAAUAGUAUUUUGAACUCUGCUUUUUUGGAGCAAAAAAUGUCACAAGGGUACAAUCCCCUUUAUGCCCAAAGAUGACUUCAUGGUCUUGGUGUUUAGGAAGAGUUAAAGCUAUGACAUGUCAAUGCUCUUAGGUGAUGACUAGCAAAUUAAGUAAAUAUAAGAGAUGUUCUCAUGUCCAAAACUGGUUCACAGUGAAUGCAUCCAGACCAGACACUAUUUUUAUGUACAUAAUUCCUCAUGUUAAAGAGUUCUAAUUACUGUUGUCAUUUAUGAAAGAAAAUGUAAAUGGAAAGGCUAGUAAUCCCAAAAUGGCAUUUAUCUAUUCUCUAACAUGACAGGAGAGCUCACAAAUAGUACUUCAUUGUCAUUUCAGCAUCCCCUAGGCAGUUAAAUUCCUUCUCAAAAGGAGAUUUAUAAGAGUGAUUGAAAAUAUAUGAAAAAAAUGAAUAUAGAUUUGAUUUUCAACUUAGAUGAUAUUUUUUUAAAUCCACUAAAAUUCCAGUAAAAUAGCUGAUGUUCAUCCAUUUCUGUUUGUGUUAAACAUUUUUUUCAAAGUUAUUGUGUUAAAGGCAUAUGAAAUCUCCCUGCUAGAAAAUAAAGGGAUGGAAUUCCCAGCAUUUAAUAAUGCUUACCCAAAUUUUGUCACUUUACAAAUAAGUUUUUUUUCUAACACUAAAAAUGGACAUUUUUUUAAGAAGCAUCUAUUGUGAAAAUUCUACAUGACCUCUUAUACUAUGUACUUUUGUUUACUAUCUUCAUCAUAUAUUUUCCUUAUUAAAAAAAAAAAAAGCAAAAGUCCGUUAAUAGAUGAUAGUGUGAAGAAGGAUGUUGCCACUGCAGGAAAUCAUAGUUUGCUAACCAGAAAGAAGUGGUCCCUCUUCCUGAUGCUUAACAAGGAAGUUAAUUAUUCCACAAAUUACCAGUUACAUGACCCCAUUCUUCUUAACUCCACUUUCUUUCAGAAGCCCACAACAAAAGGCCCAUAGGACCUGGAAACAGAUGCAUACCUCUUUCCUUACCACCUCCCUAGCAUAUACUUCCUUCCUUCUUCCUGGCCCCCACAUCUAUCAUCACCCUUAUCCCUGUGGUCUCAGAACAGCAGAACACUCCAACCUUGUUAUGAUGACAAUCAUAUCAAACCUAAUCCUUCAUUAACGUGACCACCUCUACUUCCACAACAAACACUCUAACUUGUUUUUGGCUAUCUCUGCUGAAUUAAAGCUGUUUCUAAUUCAUUCAUAGAUACAUAUCACUGAUAAUAUCCAUAGUAUCACCUACCAGUUUCAUUUUCAGUGUUAAUAUGAAAGUGUCACUUCUGUGGCUACCUCCUUAAUAACUGUAAAAAGUAUCUUGUAAUGAUUUUAUGGCACUUUAGUUUAAAAUUAUUCCAUAUGCAAAGGCUACCUUUAACCCUUCAAGAGAAGAGAAAGUAGCUCAUCAGAGACAGAGUUGGAAGACACCUUAGCUAUCACUUAGUCCAACCUUCUAUUCAGUGCAGGACACUUCCCUAAAAACUCAACAAAUUUACCUGGUCAAGCCCGUAAUGGCAAACAUUGGUUUUCGCCCUCUCCAUCCCAAGUGUAUGCUCUUAUGCAUGGAUUAUGUUUCCAUAUUCAGUGGGACUUGGAGACCCACACAAAAAAACCCUCUGAGCCAGGACCCCACCUUAUCUGUCUGUGCCUUUGGGCUUUCUAGCUCAAAGGUACAAGUGACAUCCCGUAAGUUUUCCAUGCUUCCCUUAAGCCUCUUUCUAUCUACUCACCAGACAGGGAAAAAUGUUCGCUUUCUAAAGAAAAAGGUGUCUAUAAAGGUGCCAACUGCCAACUGUCCUUAACUAUCUUAUACCAUCAGCUUCCCCAGACUGUUUAGGUACCCAUCUUUCAAGGGUCCUUAGUUAAUCACAGCAGCAACUAAGGAUUUAUACUAUCUAAUGCUUAGCCAUUAGAAUAAAAUGUAAAUAAUUUACUGAAGGGGUUUUUUUUCUGCAUAAAUAUUCUAAUUAAUCAGACUUCAUUCUUAAUUUUUUCCCUAAGGGAUAAUGGUAUGUUGCUGGAGCUGUAAAGAAUUUAAUUUAUAUGUAUUAUAUUUUUUAAAAAAAGAAAAACAUAAGAUUUUUAUAGAACAUUAGUAUAGCAAUAUAUAGAAAUUGGCUAUUUAAUGUUUAGAUCUGUAAUAUUUAACUUACCACUUAGCCUGUGCUUGGAAGGAGAUUCUUUCAUAUCUUUAAUGUAAAAAUCAUUUGUUAAAUUAUUUUUACUCCCGGCUUUUAAAAAGCACAUUUAAUGCAGCUUUAUUCACACAAACAUCCCCAAUUCCAUGGAAAAACAGAAUGGCAUUUUGGUUUAAGAAUAUAGUGCAAUAUAAUGACAAGUUGAGAUCUGUAUUUGUUCAUAUCUCAGAUGAGCACCUUUCCCACUCUGUGCCUUCAGCUGUUAUUAAGGUAACUGGUUUCUCAAUUGCUAUUUUCUUGGAAUAAGCAUUAUCGUGGGAAGAAUUUUAAUGUUCUAAGUAAGAUUGUGGUGGAUUUAGGAUUUAUCCAAUGAGUCAUUCUGAAUUGUUUUAAAAUCACAGAAGAAAAAAAAUUACAGACAUCACUUUUAGGUUGAUGGGCUUUUUAAGAAUUAUGUGAGAACUAUCCUAUUAUAUUAAAUUAGUUAGCAUAUCCUUAACUGUUUAUUAAUCCUUGCUAACACUGUUAAGACAUCUUUUUCUUGGCAUAUGCAUUCUAUCUGGGCUGCCAUGGUUGUUUGAAACAACUAGGAUGUUGCAAUAUACAAAUGUACAUAGUUUUUUUUCCCGCCUUUCCUUGGGGUAUGUCAAUAAUGGCGCCUUUGGAGUUUCUAAUGCCAAGUUUUAAAAUUAUUUGUAAAGCACUUAGAAGUUUGGGAAAAGAUAGGGAAAAACAAUUAACUGCCACAACCAGGUCAAUUAGCACAUAUCAAUUGUCUGAAUUACCCUUUUGUUAAAAAAGGGGGGGGGGGAAUCUUGCUUUUUCAUUUAAUAUUAAACAAUACAAUAAAUUUUCCCUUAUAUUCCUAAUACUACUGCAACAAGGGUAUCAUAAUUGAAUGACUACAUAAUGCCUGUACUACUAAACGGCUAUGUGAAACACAGAAACCUUUCACCACACCAGGUGUUAUCAAACUAAGCCAGGUGUUGUUGCAUGUACAGCCCAAACACUCUUGGUUCACUUCUCUGCCAUCCUGAUGCCAUGGAAUUGGGUUGGGGAGGAGAAAGAAAUAGACUAGAGGUUUUUUGGGUUGGUUUUUUUUUUUUACAAUACUAAUAAUAAGGUGAUAUUGUUUUUGUUUAUUUUAAAGGUCACUGGAUGAAAAACUUUUUUCCUACACUAUAUAAACUUUAAUACUUUUAAAUGGGACAAAUCUGAAAUAAAAUUAAACAUUUUCUUAAAAUGCACGUCAAACCUGGCCAGUUGGAUGUAACAUUUUUGCCUCCAAAUGAUGUUUAGAAGGAGCAGCCUCUCUCUGAAGGAGUUUCAAUGAUAUUCAGGGGGUGAAUCAGAUAGCAUAGAUGAAAUACUACUGAUAAAGAAUAUUUUUCCAUUUUGAACAAAUCUGUAAACUACACUUUUGUUUAUAGAAAAAUACUUAUAAUAGUCACUGUAAUAUUCAGCUGUGGAUAAAAAUUUGUGGAAAUAAACACUUUUGAAUAAA